GCCACCGAAACCAUGUAGACAAGUCAUUUCCAGCAGGCUCAGUCUUACCACAAUAUCGAAUAACCUUGGAGUUUAUCACUGUUUAGUGCAGGCAUUAAACAAUACCACAAAGUACUGUAUGUUUUUUUUUUUUUCCAGGCACAGAUACAUGUUGUGGUUUUGUGAAAACAAUAUCAUCAUGUGUCGCUUUAUUCAAAUGGCUGUUACUGUGCUAUGGCAUACACCGUUUCGAUUAAUUUACAUUCGCACAGAAUGCAGUGUUUACCUGAUUGCUGUCCUUUGUCAGUUCCUGUCAGUACUGAAUAGUAAUAAUCUCGGCGUGGUUCUGUAAUCUCCCACUCACCCUUUUUUUAUCUCGGCUCAUCUGUUCUUUUACGCUCUGCAAACGUGAAAGGGGAACUUCCCAGACAGCCGGUUGUUAUUUAAAACUUGGGUUUUUUUUUGUUUUUUUUUUUGGUGGUAAAAAAUAAACUGACCAAAGCAUUGGUAAAAAAUUCUCGAGUCAAAUAUUAUUGGGGUGAAACGGAAAAAACGGCAAAACAUCCAGCGAAACAUGCGUUCAUACGUUUUUCGGUGGAUCUGUUUGAAAACCAUGGUGAAAUAAUACGCUUUUAAUAAACCGCGCUCCAGUUAAAACGUACUACACGGUAAACAUUUAUUCCAACACGUUACUCUCAUACACACACUUCUACAUCAACCCAAAGCGCUUUACUGAAGCAACAAUGGCUUCUUAGUGAACGCUUCGGAAAGCCGUCUGUGAUUUAAAGCGCGUCUGCGUUACGACGGCGAACGUGAACGAGUGCCCUUAAGCAUCAAAACCAGAAAUGCAAAUAUGAUUCCUGAACAAAGUAAUGGUUUCGAGGCGCUAUUUUAUUUUUUUUUCUCUCUCUUCCUGAUGGAGAUUAGGAGAUAACGUGAUCGUCGCAGUCCUCCUGGUCUUUAUUUCCAAAAAGAGAAGUACGGCAGAAUGGGUUGCACCGUAAGAAGUUUGACGUUGUCACAUUUAAAUCGAGCUGAGAACAUUACACCCCGUUAGCUUGGGCAGACUAUAAAAAUCACUGGUUGCUCAGAGGGAGGAAAAAAAAAACCAACCAACCCCUGUCACAUACCGUACGGUGGUAUGACCGUUUGAAAAUUAUUAGCAGAACAGUUAAGACGUAACCUGUUGGAGCGCACCUGGAUUGAUCCCUUUGAACACGGCUAGGGGCAAAAUGCAGGGAUCUCUGGAUAAUGACAUUAAUCAGGAUUUUCAGGAUGCCAUUGAUGUGAUGCAGCGACACUCAGAAAUAUUCUACUAUGAUACAGACAGUAAAUACCUCGAGAACAUCAGAAGUCAUGAUUCCUCUGUGCAAUACUCGGUGUCUUGUUACCGCUACAUGCCUCACUCUGCAGGAUCGUCCGCGGCGUACGACUGGCACGAAGCAUCGUCAUGGUCUCAUAUGGUACCAGAGGCGUCUCCAUGGGGAACACCUGAGCCUCCAGCGCUUUACCCAAUACCACCUGAACGGCUCCGAAAAGGCCGUAAGAAGCUGCGUCUGUACGAAUACCUUCACGAAGCGCUGCACGAUGUCCACAUGGUCGACUCCAUCCAGUGGACGGACCGUGGCACUGGGACGUUCCACUUCAUCUCCAAAAACAAAGAAAAGCUGGCUGAGUGUUGGGGCCAGCGCAAGGGCAACCGCAAAGCCAUGACCUACCAGAAAAUGGCCCGGGCGCUACGCAACUACAGCCGCACGGGGGAGAUCGUCAAAGUGCGCCGCAAGCUCACCUACCAGUUUAACCCGGUGAUCCUGCAGAGACUGGAGACCGUGACCACAUCCGGUCCGUCACCACUAGAGUUUGUUCCUCACCAUCAAAUCCCUGCUGAACCGGGCUACUUCUGCUCCACUGCAGCCGACUGGCACAACUGGUACUCACAGUGCCCGUACCCUGCAGAGUACGACUUCACUUCCGCACUAACCUCAACAGAAGGCCUGAAAACACAUGAUCCGUCUCAGUGAUGGGAAAAGUGUGAGACGUUCCCUGACAGCGCCCUGACCCGUAAACUCCCACAGGGCAUUAAUAAAGCUGACUGAAACAUGUUAUAAUGCUGAAUAGCACAGCGAUGUACACACAGAACAUGAACAGAGUCUAAUGAUGUGUAAAAGUAGUCCUUACUCUUCGCUAACGUGUGCCUGCUUACAUUCCUAUACAUUGUAUCUCACUGAAAACUUGUACUUGGUGGGGGAAAAGAAUCCCUGAAGUAAAUAUCAGUGUACAAUGAACUUGAGCGUGAAUAUGUUUUCUGUCAUUGUUUCAAACUUUCAAAAUAAAACUGUGUCUAAUUUCCA